CAGUGGCUGUAACAAAACCCAGACCCCCAGGUCCGGGCCAAUGGAGGCGAUUUAGACUGGAGCGGGACCGCGUCUGUCAAAAACCCGACUCGGCAGCAGCGGCAGAGUCCAGAAGGAGAGCUGGAGCCGCUGCACUACUUCCCCGCCCCCGCCGGGAUUUAUUGAGUAUUUGGACUGGACAAUUAAGUGGCCCUGAUGAUGUUACCAAGCCCGGUCACCUCCACCCCUUUCUCAGUCAAAGACAUUUUGAAUCUGGAGCAGCAGCAGCAACAGCACUUCCACGGCGCGCACUUGCAGGCGGACUUGGAGCACCACUUCCACUCCGCACCGUGCAUGCUGGCCGCCACCGAGGGGACUCAAUUUUCUGACGGAGGGGAAGAAGACGAGGAAGAAGAGGGCGACAAACUGUCCUAUUUGAACUCACUAGCCACAGCCGAUGGCCACGGGGGCUCGGGGCUCUGUCCCCAGAGCUACGUCCACACAGUCCUGCGAGACUCGUGUAGCGGGCCUAAGGAACAUGAAGAGGAGCCCGAGGUCGUGAGGGACCGGAGCCAAAAAAGCUGCCAGCUGAAGAAGCCUCUGGAGGCGGCCGGGGAUUGUAAGGCGGCGGAGGAGAGCGAGAGACCCAAGCCACGCAGCCGCCGGAAGCCCCGGGUCCUCUUCUCGCAAGCCCAGGUCUUCGAGCUGGAACGCAGGUUCAAGCAGCAGAGGUACUUGUCGGCGCCCGAGCGCGAGCACCUCGCCAGCAGCUUGAAGCUCACGUCCACGCAGGUGAAGAUCUGGUUCCAGAACCGCAGGUACAAGUGCAAGAGACAGCGGCAGGACAAGUCUCUGGAGCUGGGCGCGCACGCACCCCCGCCGCCACCGCGCCGCGUGGCAGUGCCUGUGCUGGUGCGGGACGGCAAGCCGUGCGUCACGCCGGGCGCGCAAGCCUACGGCGCGCCCUACAGCGUGGGUGCGGGCGCCUACUCCUACAACAGCUUCCCCGCCUAUGGCUAUGGGAACUCGGCCGCUGCCGCCGCCGCCGCCGCUGCCGCCGCCGCCGCCGCGGCGGCCUACAGCGGCAGCUACGGCUGUGCGUACCCGGCAGGCGGCAGCGGCGGCGGCGGCGGCGGCGGCGGGGCCUCCGCGGCGGCCGCGGCCAUGCAGCCCGCCUGCAGCGCUGCCGGAGGCGGCCCCUUUGUGAACGUGAGCAACCUAGGCGGCUUUGGCGGUGGCGGCGGCGCGCAGCCGUUGCACCAGGGUGCGGCGACCGGGGCUGCUUGCGCGCAGGGCACCUUGCAGGGCAUCCGGGCCUGGUAGGCACGCGGCUGGUCACGCGGCAGUCGCCCCACUGCAGCCUGGCACCGCGGGACUGAAGCGCGAGAAAGGUUGGACCUUAGGGCCAGGUCCCCUCGUUAAAAAAAAAAAAAAAAGCCACACAAAACAACAACAAAAGACACGUCUCGAUCCGUGAGCACAGCUCAAGCGGAGCCUGGGGAAGGGGGAUGAGGGGCGAGGAGGAUGCCCGAGACCGGUCGCGGAGACUGUCUGUGAGGCAGAAACUCCGGCUGGGUGCCGGGAGGACAAUGGCCCCGAUUCUGGCCCCGAAGUGAGUGCGAGAGGCUGGGACUCUGGCUGCCGUUUGGUUCUCCCAAACCAAGAAGGCCUUCUUUCCCCUUGGCCUUCCCGCGGCUUCCGCGAAAUGACGGCAGAAAACCCAAGGACAAAAAAAAAAAAAAAAAAAAAAAAAAGGCAUGAAGGAG